CUUCAGUCCUGGACCUGGACCCGUGAACAAGAAAAACCUUUGCACGUCAAACUCGUCGGUUGCCAGGGCAACACGCCGAAGAAGUAAAAAACCGAAGAUGUCUCAACAGAAAGAGAAUCUUUUUGCCAAACUGGAUCCAGAUGAAAUGGAUACUGAGGCAAGACAUUUCAAAACCAGAGAGACGGAUUCUACCCCCGGACCCUCCAGCUGGGGGAGCGAGAAGACCGUCUCCUUGACGUCCUCAAUCCUCUCAAUGAUCUCUGAAAUAGCCAGCGUCAUCGUCUCAGAGACACUGGACCGGACUUCUAGCGAUAUCGCCGAGCUGAUGCAGUCCAUCGCCCGGUGGGGGGCCGAGGAGCGCUCCAAGUCUGAGACGGACCACGAAGAUGAUGGAGGGAAAUAUUCAGCGGAUUUUUGCAUCAACCAAAAGGUGAAGCGGCAUUUGAAAAGGUUUUUUGGCCUCCGACGAGUAUUUGCAGAGCACAAAGGAGAGACAGUGGAAGACACAAAGAAAGACACUGAGGAGGAUUCAACACAGGCACCAGCAGGACAAGACGGCCAUCGUGCACCCACAGGGGACAGCUCCCCUGGCAGGAAGGUCGUCAAGAGGAUGAAGUCUGCAUGGAAGCGCUACUUCCAAUUGAAAAAGGUAGAAGAAGAGAAUCUGGAUGGCUGUCCAUGUCCUGAGGACCUAAGCUCGGACCAGGUGGAGGAUGUCACAGUAGAGGAGACCAGAAGUAUUUAUUUGUCCCUCGGUGGCUCAGAAGCAGAAUUAAAAGAUGAGAUCCUUGGGUCAGCCGGCAGCAACUCGACAUCUAAAGACACGAAUCUGGGAGAGGUGCCAAUCUACAUGGGGACGGACGCACCCUCAUGUUCUGAAAAGGUGUCUCCAACUGCCUCAAUGAGCUCCGAUGAGGACAUCAAGACUACCGAAGAAGCAGACCUGAACUCUGACCCUGUGCAACUUGUGGAUGUUAAGCAUGAGGACAUUACACCACAGACCAAAAAGGUUCCCUCAACAUUGUCCCUCACUGGCUUAUCUUGCUCAGUGGACUGUCAGGAAGUGAUGUCUGCAGUCAUAGAGGACGACCUUGUUGCUGUCUCAAACCGCUCCAGUGAGGACAACAAGGCUGCUGAGGAAUCAGGCCUGACCUCUGUCUCUCUCCAACUGGUGGAUGUGGCAGAUAAGGACGUCACACCAGAGAGCGUCAUGGAGAUUGAGUCACCCUCAAAGGCGGACAACAAAAACGUCUCUAGUUCUGUCGGGACAGGUGGGACAUCUGCAGGUGGACGUGUUAGCAAGAUCUUUAAGAAGAUGAAAUCUGCAUGGAAGACCUCCUUCAGAUCGAAACCAAGGAGGAAGGUCCAGCUGACAACAGGACAAGAUUUGGUUGAUGCUGUCAAGUUAGAAAGCAGUGACUCAAAAUCUGUCUCUCCUUGUCCUGACGAGGCGUCUCCCACUGUCUCGAUACACUUCAGUGAGGACAACAAGGCUGCUGAGGAAUCAGGCCUGACUUGCGUCCCUCUGGAACUGGUGGAUGUGGCGGAUAAGGACGUCGCACCACAAGAGAAAGAAGCCUCAGAACCAUCCACCCUCAGCUCAGUCCCACCUUCAGAACAGGACAGACGUCCUGAGGGUCUCCAAGAGGUCAACGGAUCAGAAGCAUUACCCCAGCUCGUUGGCCUGAAAAACGUCUUCUACACCAUGAUCAAGGGAUUCUUUGACAGCCUCACUGAAGAGGAUCUGGGUGAGACAAGCAAAGGUGUUUAUAACACUAAUGUGAAGGACAAGCUGGCUCGCACCUGUGCGGAGGUUCUGAGGCUCGUCAUAGAGACACUCACUGAUGUCCUAUCACAAGCCACAAAUCCAUUGGGUCCCCCAGACGCUACCUUGACCAGGAGUCCCACCUCUUCCCAGGCAGUCCGCCAGAACUUGGUCUUCACCGAGGACACCCUCCAGCAGAGCUUGAAAACCACUUUGGGCGAGGCUUACUGCGAAGCGAUUGGCACAGACAAAUCUGUUGGGAUCAAACCCACGUUCACAGAGGCCGUAAUGAGAGCCAUCCAUAAUGAGGUCAACUCGGUUCUGUCAGAAACUGGACCAUCCUCUCAUGUCUGUCCUGAUACCCGCUGCAAGCUCUCAAGUUGCAGAGCAUGCAACAAGAUGUUGGUAAUCCAGGCAAUAAAGUCCCUCCUCGCACAAUUUCAGACAAGACUGAGUGAAGAUGACAGAUUGACCGAUGAACAUGCCGUUAAAAUCCACAAGAAGAAGUCGCCGUGGUGGAUCUGCCUUCGUAAUCUACUGAAGAAGAAGAAGGUCCACCCAGUUUCAGAUGAACAAAUGGACCAGGCUGUCACGUUUGUGUCAUCUGGACUCUACUCAUCUCCUCAAGCCACAUCCAGCAUCGGCUCAAAGCCCUCCAGUCGGCGGAGCUCUACCCCUCUGGAGAUAGUGGAUUACGCAUCAGAGGAUGAGGAUCUCCAAACAGUAGAGACAGGAAACUCCAUCAGCUGGUCUCCAACAGCUCACCUAGAGGACAAGGUCAGCCAAGCCCGAUCCACGACUCCGACCGAGGUGGGAAGUUCUUUUGGUGACCCUGGCAGUGGGACCAGUGAUGUUGGGACAGAGCAGGGUGUCCCGGCUGCUUCGGGACCUGAAGCCAACGAGACCCAGGCUGAGAAGGGCACCAGAAUCUGCCCAUAUUGCAAGCGCAAGAUGGACGCUGACGAGACGGCUUCGGCUCAGGAUGAGGCGGUGCCCUCCAAGAGGUCUUCACUGCUGCAGAGAUUCUGGGUCUUCUGCCGCCGUCAAAGCUGUGGUCUUGGGACCGACCCCCCCCCCAGUAAACUACCACCAAAGUCUCCUUUCAUCCCCCUUCCUCUGUUUUAAUCAAGU